AUGGUCGCCGCUAAGAAGCAUGUCCCGAUCGUCAAGAAGCACCGCAAGCGCUUCAACCGCCACCAGUCGGACCGCUUUAUGUGCGUCGACCCCUCAUGGCGCAAGCCUAAGGGUAUCGACAACCGCGUCCGCAGGCGGUUCAAGGGCCAGGCUGCUAUGCCCAAGAUCGGAUACGGCUCCAACAGGAAGACCCGCCACAUGAUGCCCAGCGGCCACAAGGCUUUCGUCGUCAACAACGUCUCCGAUGUUGACCUCCUCCUCAUGCACAACCAGACCUUCGCCGCAGAGAUCGCCCACGCUGUAUCAGCACGAAAGCGCAUCGAAAUCAUCGCCAGGGCGAAGCAGAUCGGUGUCAAGGUUACCAACGGCAAGGCCCGCGUCAAGACCGAGUCGUAG